UAACCUAUACUGCUCCUCACAAUAAUAUCCUCUUUAUCCAGAACACCCCGCGUCGCCUAGACAAUGACUUCAUUAGUUAAAUGGAUAUUGAUACUGCUUGGCCUGUUCUCAGUAAUUUUGAAUAUCGUCUUAGUGUGCAUUAACUCCGGUAGAGUGCCCAAAUGCUCAUCUAAGCCGAAGUAUGCGUUCAGGGGCAAACACAAUGAACGCAGUGUAUUGUUUGCAGACCUGUCCGCUGAUGAAUAUCUCCAAGUUCGCGACUAUAUGAUUAACCAGAAAAACUUGAAUAUUUCAACCAAUGCAAUAACGAAGCCUUCGGGGAAUUUUCUCUUUUUAAUUGACCUUUCCCUUCCAAAGAAAGCGGAUGCUCUUGGCUACCUGGAUGAAGAUAAACCUAAGCCGGUGAGAGAGGCUACAGCAGUGGUUUUCUAUGGCACGCGUGGGUACAUCAAAGAAUAUGUGGUUGGACCUCUCCCCAACCCAGAAUAUCAUCGCGAUGUAACGCUUGAGAGGUAUAAAGAAGAGCUGCCUAUCAAUGCGCGGACGGUCACUAUUGGUGAAUAUGUACUUCUGUUUAAGUUUCUGAAGGAAGAGGUAUUUACGAAACUUGAGAAAAUUGUAAGAGAGAGUUUUAAUGUCACCAAAGAGAACGUCCUGAACGCAUUCGAAGGCAUGCCCCGUGGUGUACAAUCAGGAGAUAGACAUACAUGGAUUUCUUUCUUUCGUGAUAUGUCUGGGAUGUACAUCCACCCAGUUGGAUUUGAAGUUUUAAUAGACCACAAAAGCACUAACGCGUCUCUUUGGCAUGUGACGAAAUUACUUUAUAACGGGCAGUACUUUAGCAGUGUGGAUGAUCUUAUUAAAAAAUAUGAGGCUGGGAAUGUGAAGAAAAUUGUAUAUAAACCUAUUCAGAACUAUGCAUCACUAAAACCUAGAAGUAAACCCACCGGUUUGAGUCCACAGCAGUUUUACGCGCAAGGUAAACGUUACAGUGUGAAGAAUAAUCAUGUCAUGUACCUUGACUGGAGUUUUGCAUUUGGUCUAAGUUCUCUUACAGGUAUGAGAGUUUUUGAUGUUCGUUUCAAAGGGGAAAGAAUACUUUAUGAGCUUAGUGUUCAAGAGGCAAUGUCCGUUUACGGUUCCAUCACACCGGGCAUGAUGCUGACUAAGUUUUUGGACACUAGUAUUGGAAUAGGUCGCUUUGCGCACGAGCUAGUUCGAGGCGUGGACUGUCCGUACGCGGCGACCUACAUAGACACAUACCGAUAUAUUGACAUCAGUGCACCGCAAAGAUUCAGGAAUUCAAUUUGCGUUUUUGAGCACAAUACAGGCCGUCCUCUUAGGAGGCACUUCUCUGACUUUUUUCACAAUAGUUAUGGGGGCAUGGUUAACAGUGCCUUAGUUUUUAGAACCAUUACGGCCAUAGGCAACUAUGACUACUUGUGGGACUUCAUUUUUUACCAAAGCGGCUCUGUUGAGGCCAAAGUGCAUGCCACUGGAUACAUAUCAUCAUCUUUCAAGGUUGAAGGCAAUCUCAGAUACGGACACCAGGUGGCAGAAAACACUAUUGGCAACAUCCACACCCAUUUCAUCAACUUCAAAGUUGACCUGGAUGUGCGUGGGAUUAACAAUGUAUUCCAGACCAAGGAUAUGAAAUAUGUGAAUGUAUCUUUACCCUGGAUGCCGGAACGCUAUGCCAUGAUUCCUCAGCUGGUAGAAGCCCAGCUAAAGACAGAAAAGGAGGCUGCUCUCCGCUACAACACCAGGAUCCCACGCUACCUUCACAUUGCCAGCAACCAGACCAACCGUUGGGGCCACCAGCGUUCCUACCGCCUUCAAGUGGUUAGCUUCACCGGAGAUCACCUUCCAGAAAGUGAACCCGAGGAGAGAUCCAUGUCCUGGGCUAGGUAUAAAGUGGCCAUCACCAAGCACAAAGACUUAGAGCAGACCAGCAGUAGUCUGUACAGUCAGAACAACAUGUGGAAACCAGCCGUGGACUUCAGCAAGUACAUUGAGGAUAAUGAGAACAUUGAGAACGAGGACCUGGUUGCGUGGAUUACUACAGGCUUCCUUCACAUUCCUCAUGCUGAGGAUAUCCCCAACACUGUUACUGUGGGAAAUGGAGGCGGAGUAAUAUUGAGACCACAUAACUACUUUGACGAGGACCCAUCCAUUCAGUCUCCAGAUGGGGUCUUUAUCAGCCCUGGCUUAGAGGGAAGCUGUGACAACAACAAGAUGGCCUGCUUGGCUGAAGACACAUGCGGUCCAGCCAUGGAACCUUUCACCUUUAAUGGGUUUGAAGGGACCAUGAAGUUCGAAGGUUGAAAAAGUCCAGAAUCCCAUUUACUGAGUGUCCUCUGCGCCAAACACGGAAAACCCAAAAAUAAUCCAAAGUGGUUUCUUUAUUAUUGUAAAAGUUAUUUAGGGCAAAUCUAUCGGGCAUAUUUUCUUAAAUUACAUGGACCAUUUAUAUAUUAGAUACUCAAGAGGUAUCUAUAGGUUUAUCUGUGUGUGUUUAUUUGCAAAGUUGUAUCUUUAUACAGUAUGUAAAGAAAGAAGUUUACAGUGUUAACAAAGCUGUUGUUAUUUUCCCCCCUCAUUCAUCACUGCAAUGCAGCUUUCAAUUCACUGCUGUAUCACUUUCGGUGGAAGGUAGAAUCGAUUAAUUGUUUUGCUUUGUUUAUAUAUUUUUUACUAUACACAUAAGAAUCUGUGUAGUUUUCACUCAAAAUAAAAAACUAAACAUUU